CAACCGUGUGACACCAAGAAAGGAAAAGCGCGUGUGUGAACUGAGCAGAGAGUGUGGGACCGAAAGAGUCAGCUCAUCACUGUGGUGUUAGCGGCUUUGCACCGACUCCCCGAGCUCUCUGUAAUACUUUACAUUCAUUGAUAAGAGAGAGAGAGAGGGAGGGAGGGAGGUGCGUUAACAGUCCCGCUCUGGCGGAGCUUUAUCACGUGACACCAGGCGGAAGUAAACAAAGGAAAGGCGCAAAUGGCGUUAGCUUUUCACGUGUGUGUCUGAGCGCAGAGAAUGUUGUUGUGUGUGAGCUGAGUGUGUGAGCCGAGUGUGUGAGCUGUGGCAGUAACAAUGCCUUCAGUUCAGUAUCUGAGAGAGUUUAUCAACGAGCGACUAACUGCUGCUGCUGAACAAAUAUUCUUGGAGUUUGAAAAAACGAUCGUCCAGUACGAGGAAGAGAUCGACCGUCAGCGCAGACUGCUGGAUAUCACCUGGAAACCCCAAAUCAAACUGCACAGGACAGUCCCUCCAGACAUCCCGCAGCAGCCUGUCUGUAAGGAGGAGGAGGUUCUCAUUGAGCUGCAGCUCUGUGACCAGGAGGAGCCAGAACCUCCACAGAUUAAAGAGCAACAGGAGGAACUGUGCAGCAGUCAGGAGGGAGAGCAGCUGGGACUGGAGGAGGAGACUGAUACCUUUAUGGUGACUGCUACUUACAAGGAAAGCGACCUCAGUAACACCACUCACUCUGACUCCAGUGUGUUUGUUGGGACUGAAUCCAGAGAAGCAUUCAAAGUUUUAAAUAAUUCUACCCAGAUCAAGAAAGACAUCAACCAUCAGCCCAGAGAGCUGGAUGUCACCUCCAGUGCUGAGAAAGAUCUGCAUAGAACAGACCUCCCACAGCAGAAUGUCUGUAAGCAGGAGGGGGUUCUCCCUCAGCAGCAGCUCAGGAACCAGAACAGGAGCUCCAGAUUGGACCAGGGGGAACCAGAACCUCCACAGCGCACAGAGGAACAGAACAAACUGUGCAGCAGUCAGGAGGGAGAGCAGCCCGUAGUGACAGAGACGAAAACUUCUACGGUGACUUCUGCUCACAGCAAAAGUGACCACAGUGAAUCAGAAGCAAAAUGUGACCAGCUCCUCACUCACAGCUCUGCUGCAGCUGAGAGCCGACAUCAGGAAGGAGGGAAGGAGGGAGAUUUAGACUCUGGAAAUCCAGAGUCAAAACUUCACGUAAACAGAAGUCAGAGCAACAAUUCAGAAGAAUUCCCGCCAUCAGCGAGUCAGUGUAACACUGACACGGGUCGAAAAUCUCUCCAGUGUGACAUUUGUGGAAAGUCUUUUAAGAAAAAGUGCCAAAUAAAGGAGCAUUACAAAAUCCACACAGGUGAGAAACCAUUCACCUGUAAGACAUGUGAGAAAAGUUUUGCUCAGAAGAGCACUUUGCUGCACCACAUGACUGUCCACACAGGAGAGAGGUUGUUUUCCUGCCACAUAUGUGGCAAAACUUUUAGGCAACGCGGGAAUCUGAUGAUCCACCUGAGAAUCCACACCGGUGAGAGGCCGUAUUCCUGCACAGUGUGUGAAAAGACUUUCAGUCAGAGUAGUCAUUUGUUGGGCCACAUGCGAAGCCACAGAGGAGAGAAGCCGUACCUGUGCGAGGACUGUGGGGAAUGUUUUUCUGAAUCAUCUUCACUUAAAUUACACAAAGUGAUUCACACAGGAGAGAGGCCUCAUUCUUGCCAAGCAUGUGAGAAAACAUUCAUUAAACGCAGUAACCUGCUGCGCCACAUGAGAAUGCACACAGGAGAGAAACCGUAUGUUUGUGAGACCUGCGGGGAAAGAUUUACUCUGUCAACAUCGCUAAAAAGCCACAACGCGAUCCACACAGGAGAGAAACCGUAUCACUGUAAAACCUGUGGGAAAAUGUUCCGCCAGAGUCAUCAUUUGUUGUUUCACAUGAAAACCCACAAACAGCAGAAGCUGCAGUGCUGAAAGUUUUGUGGAGAA